CUUAUAUAUUGACUGUCCGUUCUUCAAAUCCAGUGUUUCAAAUCCAUUCACAGAGUGUGCGAAGUUUAUACGGUACUAAAUAUUGUUUAAGUAAAAUAACAGUAUUGAAUCAAUAGUAUUGAACUUCUAAGUUAACGUGCAACAUUUCAAGAAACCCAAGGUCUCGAAUUCUUCUUCAUAGCAUUCGACAGUAACAGUCAGAAGAUACUUAAAUAUUCUAAGGAUCCCAAAGAAACUUUAAGUAUUAAAAUGUCGAAAUCACAGAAAUUGCAAGUGCCUACACUGAUUAUCACGAGCGACGAAAACUACUCUAAACAGAAUUUAUCGAGUGAUAAUGUGGCAGAUGACAGCUACCUCAAAGUCAAGAUCGAGGAAAGCAGAGACAGCGGUUUUUCGAGCGGCUUUGAUUCUUCUUUGGACACCUGUGACGAAUCAAACAAUUUAAUGGACUCUCUCAACGAGCGUAAAGAAUUCGUAACAAAAUGCAAGCUAGAACUCAACAACAACCAGUUACCAGAACAUUUCGACCAGUGGGCCCUCAAGAAGCAGUACAAUCACCUAAUGAAUAAUAUCGACAAAUACUUCCCGAACAUACCCGAAUCUUUGAGAUACGUUUUGCCGGCGGUUUUCGAAAAUGGAGAUUGUGGACGAGAAGCAAAUGUGAAACCGGAUUGGCUGAUCAUGCAUAAGUUUUAUCGUGGACAGUGCUUUGCCCGGCGUUAUUUCAGCGUAAUCUCAUUGAGCAAUCUGAUGAGUCUGAUACAGAUAUUUUGCUUUUCUGACGGAUUGAAACCGCUGAUUCUCAGUCAUAAGUUAAAUACUCCCUAUCGUUCCUUUACGCGAUACCUCAAGACGAUCAAGACAUUCAGAAACUGGUACACAAGCGACCCUUGGUGCAAGAAAACACCAGCCUAUCGCGACAUCCAGAGAGUGCGAAAAUUACAUUACGUCAUGAGACAAAAAUUGUGUCGGAAAAAUUUCGAGGAGAUUGACCAGGAAAGCAAGAUUCAGAACGCAUGGUGUCCUGUACUGGGAAAGAUCAAAAAGGAUUUUGCAGACACGUGUCCAAUGAUGAAGAACCAACAAUGUCCUUACACAAUGGCGAGAACGAGAGGUCUGAAUCAGGGCGACAUGUCGGGCACGCAGUUCGCCUGCAUGGGUCUGAUAGUGCUUUAUCCGGAACAGUUCGGGAUACACGACGCCAGCAAUGAAGAUCUGGAGGCUUUUUGUCACCUCUGGCGUGGGCUAGGCUAUCUGUUGGGCAUCGAAGAUCAGUACAAUUUCUGUCGCGGUAGUUUGCAAGACGUGCGCCAGCGAACUCAAGACUUUAUCGAGCAAUGGGUGAAACCGAACUUACGUACGGUGACACCAGAAUGGGAACACAUGACCAUGUGUCUUUACGAGGGCGUAGAUUACAUCACUCGUUUAAAUGUUAACUAUAAGGUGAUUCUACUCCAACUUUGUGACAUAUUCGGACUCAACAUGCCACGCCUGUAUGAUUCCUUUAGUCUGCGAGAGAAAAUAUGGUACACGCUACAGAAAUUCCUGUUGUUUUAUGUAGUGAAGCUACCUGGUGUCUUCUCUAUCAUGAAUGCGGUGUUAAACGCGUGUCUAGAUCGUGCGUCAAAAUUUGGACGUAAUGAACAUACCAAACUUAGAAACAGAUCAUCUAUAAAAGUCUCAGAAACUGCAUAGAUUUAAAUCAUAUAAUUAUAAUAGAUCUAUAUGAUCUAUUCAAUUUCUAUGAUAGAAAGAAUUUUUUUAACUAUACAGACUGAUAAUCAUAAAAAUCGACGAGUUAAUCAAAGAUUUUCUUUUUGAUAACAUAUUUUUUGACGACAUAUUUUUUCUUUAUUCUUUGUACAUGAUAGUAUUAUAAAGUUGACGUUAGUAAUUAAAAAGAAUAUUUAAAAAGCGUGUUAAAAAUAUAAAAUCUAGAUUUUAUAUGGAAAUAUUAAUGAGAGAGUUAUUUAUGAAAAGAAACGGAUCUUUCAAGUAUUUCCCGAGUAUUGUUUUAUAUCGAAUAGGAAAAGAAAAAUAAUUUAUUUGUUAACAUAGGGAUUUUAGAAUGUUAAUAUAUUUUAUUUAGAAUA